GCACGUGUUUCGCCGUGUGCCCCUGAGUUAAAGCAGGCUGUGUUUACGUGCGACUUGGCUGCCUUACAUCUGCUGUUUUUGCAUUUUUACAGUGCUUUUUUUUCGUGUACAAUUUCAAAACAUAUUAUAUUCACACGUAGUUUAUUUUGUCUAUAUUUCAGGGAAUAUACAACGCCACAUAGCGGAUCUCGUUAGUGUAUAUGGUGCAUUUUACGUUUUUGCUGAGUACUUCCCUUGCUGGCUGAUUAUCCGGAGAGCUUCGACGUUCAGGGCGCAGGCGGAGACAUGGCGACCGAAGUGGCAUCGUGGACUCUCCCUCCGCAGCAGGACGGAACUUUACCUUCAGAGGCUGUGGACGAGUCCUAUGGCGACAAUGAUGACCUGCUGGAUGAGGCAGAAGUGAAUGGAAACUGGACCCCGCAGGAGAAGGCGCUCCACGAGGCUCGACUGAAGGCCAAAGCCAGGAGGCGCCUACGGCGGACCUCCUCCCGAGAUUCCACCCGCGAGUCGCUGUCUGAAACGGGCGGGGACGCGGGGGUCGACCCCACCAGCCCCAAGGGCAGAGUCAGUACCAACGACCGCAAGUCCAGGAUGGGCAAGGGUCGGGGUCUGCCCAAGAAAGGUGGUGCUGGUGGUAAAGGCGUCUGGGGAGCUGCUGGGAUGGUCUAUGAAAUGGAAGAACCAGAUGCCAAAGAUCCCAACUAUGAUGAGUCCUCCCAGGGGGACACCGUAUACGCCACCGUGGUGCCCGAGCUGGACGAGCAGGAGCUGGAGAAGACCGUCUGCCCCAUCGUGCAGGAGUACUUUGAGCAUGGGGACACGCGCGAGGUCCAGAUGCUGUUGGAGGGACUUAAUCUGGGACAUAACAAGUAUGAGGUGUCCUCGCUGGCUGUGUCCCUGUCCCUAGAGGGCAAGGCAAGCCACCGGGAGCUGACGUCACGCCUGCUCUCCGACUUGGUGGGCAAGGUCCUGACGGAGGCUGAGAUGGGACGGGCCUUUGAUAAGAUGCUGAAGGACCUGCCGGACCUCAUCCUGGAUACACCUGAAGCUCCGCAGAUGCUGGGUCAGUUUAUCGCCAGGGCCAUCGCGGACCAUGCGCUCCCCAUGGACUUCCUGAGCUGCUACAAGGGCAAAGUGGACUGUGAUCACGCCAGGGCUGCCUUGGACCGGGCCGCGGUGCUUCUGUCCAUGAAGACAAAGAUGGUGCGACUGGACAACGUCUGGGGUGUCGGAGGCGGCCAGAGGCCUGUCAAGCACCUCAUCAAAGAGAUGAACCUUCUCCUGAAGGAGUACCUGGUCUCCGGCGAGGUCUCUGAGGCGGAGCGAUGCUUAGGACACCUUGAGGUGCCUCACUUCCACCACGAGCUCGUCUACGAGGCUGUCGUUAUGGUUCUGGAGUCCAACAGCGAGUCAGCCAUUCACAUGAUGGUGAAGCUCCUCAAGGCAUUCUGGGAAAGUGGACUUAUCACUCUGGACCAGAUGAAUAGGGGCUUCCAGCGGGUCUACGAUGAGCUGCCAGAGAUCAACCUGGAUGUGCCCCAUGCUCACAGCAUCAUGGAGAGCUUCGUGGACGUAUGCUACCAGGAAGCGGUCAUCACCAAACAGCUGAGGGACGCCUGUCCCUCCCGGGGGCGGAAGCGGUUUGUCAGUGAGGGUGACGGCGGCGUGAUCAAGCACUGAGGUUCCUGUGAGGUGCUGGAGUGUCGCGUGGCUGGGAUCUUCAGCGGGAACACUGCCUGCACGCCACCACUCUUUUUGUCUGUCGUUCCCUCUCCCCCCCUCCCCCGAGCGCUUUGGGGGUGCCGCACACGUCUCUCACCUGGCUUCUUGCUGACUUUGUCUGAGGUGCUCUCACAGGACACAGGGGUUGGGGAUGGGGGGCCGAUCAACCUGCUAGCUUCCUGGAUUUUCUCUUAUAAUGAUCCGCAUUGUUCACUACAGUAUAUGCAAAAUGUGAGACCCCGGCCUGCAGCUGACCUGGGAUCAGCCCUGUGACAGAUGAUGCCACUGUUAUUCCAGUAUGACCGGGGCCCCCCCAUAGCAUUAAUGUAUCUGAUGUGUGCCAACACUGCUGCUGUGGACCCGCCCAUGCAGCUGAGGGCCAGCAAGCCCUGAUGGUCACGGUUAUGCCCCCCCUUGCUCCCGGGGUCACACUCUCUUCUCAGGAAGCCAGUGAUCCCACUCAAAAAAGAACAAAUGGCACCAUUUUAGUCGGUGAUCUAAAUGGUCAGUAAUGCUGUCAGAGCACCAAAUGAAAUGGCACCAAGCGCAUUUAUCCCAUUUGGGUUCUUUGGUUAUGUUCAGCUGUUUUUUCCGGUUCAUUUCCCUGUUUCACGUUUGAUCUCAUGUGUUCAGCUAUCGACCGAAGCCUUGCGGAAUCCCUUCUGCGGCGUUGCUGUCUUGUUCCAGCAGCCCUCGGCAUUUCUGCAGCAUUACAGGGUGGACGUUGUAAUACCUUCAAUAAAAGGUUGCAUCAGU